AUGUCAGACACACUGAACGCUGCGGACACCCCGCAAAUAUCCGCCGACCAGCCUGUUGUAGAUGCUCCCGCGCCUACUCCCGCACAUGUGUUCGCAUCUGUGGAUGUUCCCGACGAUGGAACAAAGAUAGCCAUUGAGGAACCCGUGGCAGCCAGAGAGCUCGCCCCCACCUCCUCAACAGAUCCUACGUCAACCUUGGAGACGGCUGCCGCUACUGCUGAUGUGCUGAUGCCCGAUGCGCCCACUGGCGACAACGCGCCGGAGCCUGGCAGCUCCCGCGCUGGCUCGGUCCAUCCUGACCCAGGGUUCACAAUGCCUGACAAGGCUGCUUCUCACGGCGAUCCCGUCCGCCAGUAUCUCAACAACAAUGUCACGACUGUGCUGCUUGACGGCAUGAAACAGAUUGCGAAAGACAAACCCAAGGACCCUCUUCGCGUUCUGGGCAAUUACCUCAUCCAGCGAUCCAAGGAACUCGAGCAGACAGACAACUAGGUGUUGCGACAUACAAGGCUGUCAUAGUCGAGGCGGGCGCAAAGAUAUGAGAAGAAGGAAGGCGGCAAUCAAUGGUAGCAUGGACCAGACGGGCGGCGAGGUCGGCAAAUGGCUGUCGAACAGGCGUUCAAAGGGGGGGAUCAAAAGGGGCGCCGAGCAUUUAUGUCACGCGCGAGAGAUACCCAUAGGCAUAUGUUGACUUGAGGGCGGCAUUAUUGAAUUGAGGUGCCGAGAAUCGUUUUGCUUUCAUUUCAACGAAGUCUCUGACUAUCAUGAUCGUCGUGACGACCAGAAGGAGCAAGCUGCGCUGCCGAAAAUGCAGUUUCCUAACCCCAACUCCAUGACCACCGUAAUUUUUCCUCCGCUGGGACGUUCGUCUGGACCCGUUGUCCGGGUC